UGAAGAAAUUACAUUUUAACUGACAUUUAAGUCAAUAAAUUGUAACAGAACAUAACACUGGAGUAAGCAGAGGGACUGACUUUCCAUCCGUCUGCUUUUUGAGUUGCAUUAUGGGAAACAGGAUGAAUAUGCUACAAUUGUUCCUUGUGUCAAUUAUUUUGAAAAUUUGUGUUGCUGAAUUUAAUCUUGAACAAAUAAGUGAUGUUGAUUGUGCAGGCAGGAAUGGAUUUCUAUCAGUUGGAUACUUGGGCAACACAUACAAAGAUUGUAUAUUUGUUGUGUGUGAUGGUCUAAAUGCAGAUACAAGGCUGCAUAAGUAUCCCAUAAGCUGUGACAAUGGGUUCCAAGUGAGUGCGCCACUGAAUACUAUAUCCGAUGACUUGUUCUUUCCAUAUAUUUGCAAUGGUAGGAGUGUCAGUGAUUGUCUUGCAUUAUAUUUCAACAAUAUUUUCUGCACUGUCGAAGCCAGUACAACUGAUGAUAUAGAAUGUGGGCCAACAUGGGAAGAGCUUAAGGGGAUCAGUGCUGAUGAUCCUAAUGAUCCAGUAGAUGAAUGCCUAUCUCAAGUGAUACUACAAAGAAACAUUGAACAGGCAAACUUGACAGAAACAUUUGAACGACUCAUCAAUGCAUGCAGCACUACUGAUACACCUAAUGAACCUAACCCAAAUUGUCAGGAGGCCCUUAUUGGAGAUACAGAGUUUGAAAUAACAGCAUCUAGUGAGGCUUCUGGAUUUGAUGUCUACAACAGUGUACUCUAUUAUGAUGGAUGGAUGCCCGCUGUACAUGACACAAACCAAUGGAUUCAGAUUGAAUUUCCUGAUAUAAUGCUUGUGACAGCAAUAGCAACAAUGGGUGGAAGAGACAGUCUAUACAGAGUUGAAAAAUAUGAAGUUGAAUAUAGCUGGGAUGGUGUCUCUUACACCAGUUUAGGGGAUUUUGUAGGGAACAUCGACUCAGAAACAUUGGUCAGAGAUGAAUUUGAAAAUGAUUUCCAAGCAAAGCUUGUACGACUCAGACCACUGGAGUGGAAUGGAAAAAUACAAUUGAAAUGGGAGGUUUAUGGCUGUGAUGUGUAGAGAUUGAUGGAUUCACUUAUCUGAAUCACAUCAUCCAGAAAGACAUAGAAAGACCUGUAGAGUUAGCCCUUAGAUUACUCGUAUAUCUUUCAAUGCCAUGGUUUUCAGUUUAUCUUGAUAUGGGCCCAAUAAAUUAUGAGAUAUUUUUCAAUCAUAAAAAUAUCAUUGUCAAGAUUCAUUGAUAAGACUAUUAAGAAAUAAAUAUAAGUGACAAUGAAGCA